GUCGUUGCUGGCAGCUGAGGGCAACAAGUUGGAAUUAAAUCGAAGAAUGUGUCGAGCCCUGGACUUGUGCUGCUGCCUCUUGUCGCUGUGCUCCUUUAUUGCCUGCUUUGGGGCCCUCGAAAUGCUCAACAGGAUUGUGCACAUCGAUGCGGAUGCGCCCGUUCAUGUGGCUGUGCGCUUGUCGAACGACAUCUCGGCACGCUGCAGCAGGACCAUAAUUGUGGACAACAUGCAGGUGCCGCAUCUCACCUGGCUGGAGCUCUUCUACAUGCGCUGGACAAUGGUGCUGACGCUGUUCUAUUCGUUCGCUGUCAUGCUAUUGAUUAGGGCCAAAUAUGUGAGCCACUUUCAGAUCAAUCAGAUCACCUCCAACGGGAUGAUGCUUGUGGGCACUGCCCUGGCCGUUGUUCUGCUCAUUUCCACCAUGAUGCUGCACGAGCGAACGCCCUUUGUGGAGGUGUGGUGCAACAACUUCAUCGUCUACUAUCUGUACUUUGUUGAUCUGAACACCUUAGUGGGCGUCUUCUACUUCAUUCACACCUCCUGCUUCCUGCUUGUGAACGGCGUCGACGGGAACGAGGAGCCAGCCAUUUUCAUGUGAUCCCCCGCAAGCUCCAAGAACACUUCUUUUAGGCUGACUGACAAUAUAAAGUUUCAAUUAUACAUAUGUGAGUCC